CUCGACGAGAGACAGCGAAACCGAAAAAAGGCAACAAUGCAACUCCCACUCAAAUCAAAUUGAAGCUUACGUCUCAAAUCACGCCACACCAAGAAGCGUUUCUCGCUGGCCAUCGUGAGAGGAAAAAAAUGGGCGUGCCGCAGGCAAUGGAGGCAUUACGGGAAAGAGCAGCGCUCGUCAGAGACUCGUUGCAGAAGAGUCAAACCAUAACCGAAAGCAUGGUCUCCAUUCUGGGUUCCUUCGAUCACCGACUCUCCGCUCUCGAGACCGCCAUGCGUCCUACUCAGAUACGAACGCAUUCGAUCAGGAGAGCGCAUGAGAAUAUUGAUAAGACGUUGAAAGCAGCUGAAAUUAUUUUGGAGCAAUUUGAUCUCAUGCGCAAGGCAGAAGCAAAGAUUCUGAGAGGGCCACAUGAAGACCUUGAGAGCUAUCUAGAAGCAAUUGAUCAGCUGAGAAGCAUUGUUCAGUUUUUCAGCAACAACAAAAGUUAUAAGAGUAGUGAUGGUAUACUUAACCACGCCAAUAACUUACUCGCAAAAGCUAUUUCGAAAUUAGAAGAUGAGUUCAGAUCGUUAUUAACAAAUUACAGUAAGCCGGUGGAACCUGAUCGCCUUUUCGAUGGCCUACCAAAUUCCCUACGACCAUCAGCAACAUCACCUGGCAAGCAAGGUGAACUUGGCAGCAAGAAUCAUUCUGAGAACCAAAAGAACUUAGAAAAUGCUGUUUACACGCCUCCGACUCUUAUUCCGCCCAGGGUUCUACCUUUGCUGCAUGAUUUAGCCCAACAAAUGGUUCAAGGUGGCCACCAGCAACAGCUGUUCAGGAUCUACAGGGAUACUCGUGCUUCAGUCUUGGAACAGAGCCUCAGGAAAUUAGGUGUAGAGAGACUUAGUAAAGAUGAUGUCCAGAAAAUGCAGUGGGAGGUUUUGGAGGCUAAGAUCGGGAAUUGGAUACAUUACAUGCGUAUUGCUGUUAAACUGCUCUUCGCUGGGGAAAAGAAAAUCUGUGAUCAAAUACUUGAUGGCAUUGAUUCUCUUAGGGAUCAAUGUUUUGCUGAAGUCACUGCAAACAGUGUAGCCGUACUUCUUAGCUUUGGAGAGGCUAUUGCCAAAAGCAAGAGAUCACCUGAGAAGUUAUUUGUUCUUUUGGAUAUGUAUGAGAUAAUGAGAGAACUACAGUCAGAGAUUGAGUAUUUGUUUGGGAGUAAAUCUUGCAUUGAAAUGCGGGAAUCUGCUCAGAGUUUGACAAAGCGGCUAGCUCAGACAGCACAAGAAACCUUUGGUGAUUUUGAGGAAGCAGUUGAGAAAGAUGCCACCAAAACUGCUGUUCUUGACGGAACUGUCCAUCCUCUGACUAGCUAUGUGAUAAAUUAUGUGAAGUUUCUAUUUGACUACCAAUCAACACUGAAGCAACUUUUUCAAGAGUUUGAUGAUGGUGAUGCUGAUGCUCAAUUGACUAAUGUAACUACAAGGAUUAUGCAAGCUCUACAGACUAACCUUGAUGGGAAAUCCAAGCAAUAUAAGGACCCUGCACUUACACAACUAUUUCUUAUGAACAAUAUUCACUACGUUGUGAGAUCAGUGCGAAGGUCAGAAGCCAAGGAUUUGUUGGGAGAUGAUUGGGUUCAAAUUCACCGACGGAUUGUUCAGCAGCAUGCAAAUCAGUAUAAGAGGAUUUCUUGGGCAAAGGUUCUAUUUCCUGACUUACUGUGCAGUAUAUUGGGCUGGGAUUAUGAGUUGAAGCCUGAUUGUCCCAGGGUUGACGUUGAGCUUGUGGCUGGUACAGGAAAUGGCGGGGUGACCUUUGAUCCUCCUAAGACCUGCUUAUUCCCGUUAAGAAAUUGA